AUGGUCGGUAACUUGGCCAAACUCAAGAGUAACAACUUUUGCUGUGGAGGAUGCAACGAGAUCCAACCAUUUUCAAGAGAACCAUCAGUACGCGAGCUGAUCGAGAAGUACCGGGAGUAUCCAUCUCACUUUAAGAAAGAUGUACCUGAAAUAGGCUACCAAAAGACGGGAAAGGAAACUAAACUGAGAUCAAUCGGCGUUCAAGCAAAAAUCAAGAAGAAAAAGUUUUCAUCCUUCGCAGAAUACAUGAAAAACUUCUAG